CGUUGUCCAGCGAGGUCGAUUUCGCCCAUCAUGGGAGUCCACCUCGAGCUUGUUUCGAAAUUGUUUGGGUGUCGUGUAAUUGCUGCAGGCAUUGCGAUGAGCUAGAUUCCGUUUCCUUACCCUCUCAUCGCGGAUUUUCUGUUUGUUUUCCCUGUGGAGUGUUCAAGUGAAUGUGCAGGACGAGAGCUCUCUUCAAGUUUCGAUUUUGUCACCAUCUCGCUGAAAGGCCCUUCUCGGAAACCAUGCCCCGUGUCCGGAGAAAACGGCGUCCCGAAGUAUAUCUACUCUCACCGUAUGGAUUAUCCUAAUUCCCACGAUAAUGUGACUUUCUUUGUCUUGGAUGUUACCUGUGAAGUGUAAAACUUAGAAUCAUGGAUUGGAGAGAGCCUCCCGAGAACUUAACCCAAUUGUGCCGAUUGUGUGCCUCCAAUGACGAUGUGCAAAUCAAUAUAUUCAGCGACAAAGGAAGGGAAAAACAACUCGUUGAGAAAAUUUUCUCGUGCCUAUCAGUCAAGGUUUCCCAUUCUGAAAAGCUGCCAAACUCUGUAUGCUAUAAAUGCAUGACAUGUCUUGAAAACUACUAUGAAUUUCGAUGCAAAUGUCUGGAUGUCAUCUCAAAGUUGGAAGUUCUGUCCAACAGGAAUGUCCACGACCAAAAAGACCCACUUGCAAUCAAAGAAGAGCCAGAUGAACAAUAUGACACUCAGGCAACACAGCCAACGGAUUAUUCCAAGGCGAAAUUACAAGAUGCUGGAAGAAUGGACAUGGCUAUGUAUGGGGCUCCAGACGCGUACAAAUUUACUUGCCAAGAGUGUGGCGAAGCUUUUAUCAAUCAGAAUGAAUUAUUUUUGCAUUCCAAGAAUUGUAGAGAGGGCGAGUCCUCAGGCCAAUCACAAGCCAAUCCUGAUAGGCCGUUUAAGUGUGACCUCUGCUCCAAAUCAUACAUUCUGUCCAAACAUCUGUGGGGUCACAUGGCUACUGCUCACAGAGGUCAUCCAGCAAUAUUCUGCCAGCCAUGUACCCGAACGUUUUCAUCGCCAGCCAAUCUGAUUGAACAUCAAAGGUCGAAACAUGGAGUACCUGGACCCUCCAACAAUUCAACAUCGCCAAGCAGUCAGACCUCUCAAGCCAACAAUGUUCAACAAUUGGUAAAUAGCUCGCGUAACACGCUGGGCUCUCCAUCACCGCUGCGAAAGAUCCUGAACUCCGAAAGUAGAAAGAGAUCCAUCGAUGAAGCGUGUGGUAGUCGACGUAAAAACUCAAUGCCAAGAAAAAUUUCUCGAGCUGAUGAAGAAGCAGGUGAUGCAAAUUUGGAAGGUCACUCAGCAUACAUGGAUAAUGGCAACACCUCUGCCCAAAGUAGUAGCUCGGUAAUUAAUCAGGUUUCCAUGUCUCAAUCAUUUUUUGACAGUAAUAUUUUUGCUAACAUUCGUAACGCCAGUGCGCAAAACUCCAAUGCUAGUAAUCUUACAAAAUCUAAUUCCAACUUAAAUGGUAAUUUUAAUACUGUUUCCAACUCCUCUCCCUCAAUUUCUUCCUUCAAUACUCAACCCCCGUCUCGUGCUCCCUCAAAAUCAAAGAGCACUUCUUCAAAUAAUCCCUUCGCUAGAGUUAGUCAAAAUAAAGAAAGUCUGACGUGCCUGCUUUGUGAGAAAACGUUCACAAAACGACCACUUCUAAAUAAACACAUGCGAGCUGUUCAUGGAAUUGAUACGUCUGCAGUUACUGUCGGCAAAAUACCCAAGUCUAUGAAUGAUGAGGACAUUGAAAACAUGAUGGAAGCAGAGACUGUCUUUUGCUGUGAGAUCUGCACCAGAGAGUUCAACGAUAGACCAAGUAUGUGGCUUCACAUGUUGCACGCGCAUAGACAAGCAGCAGGCUUGGCUUGCGGUCUAUGUUUGAAGAUUUGUAACGACCGUGGUCAACUAGCUGAACACCUUGAAACACACGCCAAUGAUGGCACUGAUCAGAAAAGGUUCUGCUGCAGUUUUUGUGGUAGACAAGACGACGCUAGGCCUAAACUCAUUAAACACGCUGCUGUUCAUGGUACAACUGUGAACACAAUAGAAAUCGUCAUCUCAAAUCCCAGGUAUCAUACACACAUCAACCACGCUGCCGCUCAAAACAAAGCACCGCCAGUAGUGCCCCCUGGAUCUGUCAGCUGUAAAAUCUGCUCCCGAGUGUUUGGAGAUGAAGAGAAGCUAAUCAAACAUUGCCAAAAUGCUCACAAGUCUUUGAGUUUACUUGACCACACAAACAAUUUAAUAUUUUCAUGUGAAAUCUGUAGUGUUUCCUUUUCAUCUCGGUCAGAGAGGUGGACGCAUAUCUACAAAAACCAUACAUCUGAUCCACGAGUAGCUUGUCCGAUUAAAACCUGUAAAAAGGUGUUCAGUUCCAAUGCGCUUUUAAGUGGACAUGCUGCGACCCACCAUCAAGAGCAAGGCGAAUAUCCAAAUGUCUGUGAAAUGUGUGGGAAAUUGUUCCAACAGCGUAGUGAAUUUUAUAAGCACAUGAUGGGUGUCCACCCCCACACUUUACCUUUUGUCUGUGGUGUCUGUCUAAAGAUCUUGUGUUCAAUAGAUGAACUUAAAGCUCACGUGCGAGAUGAGCAUGAGCCACUCCCAGAGCUUCUCGAACAAAUUCGCUGUGAUAUUUGUGCAAGGCCGUACUUAAAACAUUCCAAGAUGGUGCGUCACCGAGUCAUGCACAAUGAUGGAACCGAAGCCCCCAAAGUGACCAAAAAGUUUUUCGAGAAACCAGAGUCUCUCAAUUGCUCUCUGUGUCCUGACGCUGGUCUGUUCGAAUCAAUAGAAGUCCUCUCUGAACAUCGAAGGAAAUCUCACAAUCUAAUGGUGUGUGAUUUGUGCCCCAAAUUUUACGCUAAAUGCUCUCACCUGUGGAAGCAUGUGCACAGAUGUCAUCCAGGUCAUCCUGAUGUGACGUGUCAAAUCUGCAGCAAGACAUCAGCUUCUCGUAUCCAUCUAAAACGGCAUAUUGCCAAAUUGCACAAAGAUAGUGACCUGUAUGAUCCAGCAGAUGAUCCCCACUACCGCGGUGAAGAUAUGCCACAUAUGGCAGCAUCUGGACCGCACACUUGUGAAAAGUGUAAACGAGUUUUCCGAAAAUAUAGUCUACUUCACAAGCAUUACAAACAUUGUAAUGGCCCACGCCCUCCCACCACGCCAAUCCCUGCAAUGGUUGAUGGAGUCUACCCGUGCUCAAAGUGCUCAAAGACAUUUGUUCUACCAACUGCUUUACGAAAACAUAUCAGAUCCUCUCAUAUUCCGCAAGUCUGUGAAUUGUGCGAAGUCAGUCACGAUACAAAGCAAGAACUGAUGGAUCACAUUCGUGAGAAACAUGGAACGGAUCCACGUUUGAAAUGUCAAACCGAAGGUUGCAGUCGGCUAUUCCGACUUCAAGCAGAUGCAGAACGCCACAAGAAAGAGCAUGCGUCUAGAUACUUCGCUCACUUGUGUAAUUUCUGUGGUGAUGUCUUCACAAAUCGCAAGAAACUUCGAAAGCAUUUGAAAAGUAACCAUAAAGAUCAGACUGAAUUUUUAUGUUACGUCUGUUGUGAACCUGAAAUUUCACUGUCGCUUUUAGCAGAGCAUGUGUUAGAACAUCAUGAGCCUUUAUUGAAACAGUUUGCAUGUCAGCUUUGUGGUAAGACGCAUAGCUCGGGAAGUAAAGCCAACGAACACAUCCGAGCCAAUCAUGGUAGUGAGUAUAAGCCUUGUCCUAUCUGUUGGAAAAUCUUUACAGAUAAAAGUGAAUUAGAGACCCAUGUCGAGAACCAUCCAAAAGAUGCACCUGUUGAGAAACCAGAACCAGUAAAGAAACCAGCUACCAAAAGACCGUCAAAUCCCAACACCUCUAGAAUCAAUAAAGAACUCGCUGCUCUUACUGAAAAUUCUGCAGACUUCUUGUCUUUGGCUAAAUUGGAAGAUGAGGCAGGUGGGGAAGUUUCAAAACGACUCAGACGCAUGUUCUCGUGUAUCUCCUGCACCCAGUCAUUCAGAGUAAUCAAUGACCUAAUAACUCACAGAAGAUCAGUCCAUGAUGAAUUCUGCUGUUCUUCAUGUGCUCAACAAUUCAUCCUUGAGAUCGAUUUCGAUGACCAUAUUAAAGUAUGUGAACCUUUAGCAGAAGGUUUUGUAAUGGGAGGCACUGAAAAACCUAAGGAAGACACACCAGCUCCAACACCACCCUCGCGCAGCUCAGGGCGGACAGUCUGGGCUUCAUUCGAUGCCGAAACACCUUGCGAGUUGUGUGACAAAGUUUGGACCGGCUUGAAACACUACUGGCAGCAUUUAAUACGAACACAUAAGGAAGCAGCCCCAUUCGCGUGCGGAGUAUGUUUGAAAUUAUGCAAAGAUUACGAAGACCUAGCGCACCAUUUAGAUGAGAAACAUCUUGGAACUUUCACAAGCAAAGGAAAUAAUUUUGUUUGUCGAGUUUGCGGUAGGUACCACAAUGCCCAAAGGAAGUUACAAAUACAUAUGGCUACUCACACAGGAAGAUCCAAUAUCGGCACCAUUCCCUCCAUCCGUUGUCGCCACUGCGAACUAGUUUUCAAGACUCAGAAAUUCUUUGACGAGCACAUCGCCAAAGAUCAUCCGGGUGUCGCUGCUGAAGGUGAUGCAAUGCACAGUUCUUAUGAAGAAGAAAUUGAAACUGUAUUGAUUAAAGAUGAAAUUCAUGAAGAUGACAUCGACAUGGAAGAAGUUGAGUCAGACGCUGAAGAAGACACAGAAAGCGAACAAGCAGAAGUAAAAGUAAAGAAAGUUGUCGGUGAAGAUGAUGAUGACGAUGAUGAAGAUGAUGAUGAUGAAGAUGAUGAUGAUGAUGAUGAAGAUGAUGAUGAUGAGGAGGAGGAUGAUGACGAUGACGAUAAUGAUGACAUUGAAGCAGAAGAUGUUGAAGAUAUGUCUAAAAAAGAUGAAGAUGAUGAUGACGACAUUGAAGAUGAUAUAGAAAAUGAUGAUAUUGAAGCAGAGGAUGUCGAUGAUGAUGAGGAAGAUGAUGAUGAAAACGAUGACAUAGAGGCGGAGGAUGAUAUGGAAGAGAUUAAUGAUACAACAAAUCCAGAUGACACUGCUGAGCAACCUCCUGAUCCAUCAACGAUCAAAAAUAAAGCAAACAUAAAUCAUUCAACGCCUAAAGAUAAAUCAAAGCUCAAAGAACUCAAACUGGUGGUACCAAAUAUGAAAUUGCCAAGUGAUGAGGUUAGUGAUUCAACAGAGAAAGAGGAGUCAAUGGAUUGUGACACCGUGUCGAAUACGGAUGACGCAAGUCAGCCUGAAGCAGAAAUCAAUGUUCCUAACUAUCCUGAAGCCACCCCCUGUAUUUCAUAGUCCUUUUUGUAAUAAUCUCCUGUUCAGCAUGUUAAAAUCAGGUUUUUCUGGAUUUUUUUUUUUCUAUAUUACUUGUAAUAAUGUGUAAAUAUUCUCUUGUACUCUAUGUAUAUUUGUACCAUCCGCAAUUUUCUACUCCUAGAUCCUAAAGUUUCCACUCUUACAUAUUUAUUUUUAUGUAUAUUGGUGAAUUUAAUAUGAAUCAGUUUUUAAAUAUUGUUGAAAUCCAAAAGAACUGAAAUGUGAAAAUCUUAACUUUAGGAUGUUUAUAAUUUCAGUGUUUGUGAGGAGGAUUUCACCGAACCUAGAAUCUCCUUGUAAGUUUUGUACUGAUGUGCUUUUUCAUUCCAAUUAUAUCUUAAAAUUAAGCCCCUUACUCAGCUACUCUAAGAAAAUACUUAAGCACCUUUUUUUCUGUUCAAUUUAUCUCUCCUUUUUGUGAUCGAAGAAGGGAAAUUACUAACUUUUUUGUAUUCAAGUCAAAUAUGUGAAUUGAUGUUUAAAAACUUUGAACAGAGUUUCUAGACAAGCUUUUGAAUGUUAUUUGGACGAUUUCAGCCAAAUCAACAUAACUAAUGUUGAUGUUGCCUACUUUUCUCUGAUGUUUAUUUUUCAAACAGAAAACUAACAAUAAGCAACAGUGAAAUUUUAUUGUGAGCAUUCUCUUCAUAAUCUGGAGCAAAUUCAAACCAACUUUUAAAGGUGUCAAGUAUUUUAGGUUUCUGUUAGAAAAAUUAAACAUCAGAGAAAAUUAGACUAAGUGAAACGUAGUUAAACCGAUUCUGGUUAAACUCGCCUUUGUUAUCUCUUACUUUCCUUAGGUUUGUGAACUGAGGAAGCUCAUAAUACCUAAGUUUUUUUUUUAUCUUAUAAUUAUUAGUGUUGAAAAACCCAAGACUCCCCUGUAUUUUCAGCGCACAUGAACGCUUCGAAAGUUAAAUAGUGUUGUAGAUUAGAGUUGCGGAUAAAUUAGCAGAAGGUUAUUUUUACUGUACCAUUUGGCCUGUGUAAUGGUAUGCCCCAUCACAAAACUAUCAAGUGUUUCUGGACUCGAAAUAGUCCUCUAAUCUGUUCUGAAUAAUAAUCCAAAGCCCCUGUACCUAACUUUUCUUUUCCAGUCAAAUCUUUCUACUCUCCAAAUUUUGCAGCUCUGUGAAAAUCACCUUUUUCUUAUUAGCACAUUCUAAAGGUUUUUUGCUGGUUUGGUAGGAGGUAAAGUGAUUAUACAAUGCAACAAAAUAUUAUGCUUUCUUGUCUGUAAUCGUGAAUUCGAUCUAAAGAAGAAUU